GACGACGGCUACGCAAGCGGGACCGAAUCCGGCUCCUCGCGAGCGUCAACAUCGCUGGCCUCCCACGUGCGCGACUACAGCUUCGAGAACCGGCGGCGGUACCACCGCUACAAGGAGGGCCAGUACCACUUCCCCAACGACGACGACGAGCAGGAGCGCGAGGAUAUGAAGCAUACCAUGGUCGUCCACCUCUGCGGCGGGAGGCUGCACAGCGCGCCGUUGGAGAAUCCGCAGCGGAUCAUUGAUGUUGGGACGGGGACGGGGAUAUGGGCUAUUGAUAUGGGCGACGAGUACCCCGAGGCCGAAAUCAUUGGCGUGGACUUGAGCCCGAUCCAGCCCGAGUUCGUACCGCCCAACGUUCGGUUCAUGGUCGACGACGCCGAGGUGGAAUGGGUCUACCCGGAUAACCACUUUGACUUUGUCCACCUCCGCAACAUGGCCCCCUCCAUCAAAAAGUGGCCGGAGCUGUUCGCCGAAGCAUACCGCGUCACAAAACCAGGCGGCUGGAUCGAACUCCAAGAAAUGCGCUGGGUCUACGGCUGCGACGACAACACCAUGCCUCCAACCUUUGCCCCCGUAAAGAUGGUCGCCAACAUCAAAGAAGCGCUCGCCAAGCUCGACGUCAAGAUGAACGCGGCCGAACUAUACCCGUCCCACGUCGCGGCCGCGGGCUUCGUCAACUUGGCGCACGAGGUGAAAAAGGUGCCCGUCGGACCCUGGGCGAAGGACGACGAUUUGAAAAAGAUUGGGGAGUACUGCCGCGCGGCGAUUUAUGAUGGGUUGCAUGCUAUUACGAUUGGGCCGUUUACGAGGGGUCUGGGGUGGACGCCUGAGGAGGUGGAGGUUUUCCUGAUCGAGGUGAGGAAGGAUUUGUUGGAUCGGAGUGUGCAUUCGUAUGUGCAUUUUCAUUCUCUUGCUGCGCAGAAGCCG